AUGUUUGAUCAAGGCAUUCACCCAAAUAAAUUCAGUGAAUUGCGAGACAUCUAUAAAUAUCACAUCGACGCAUACAUUACUUUGUAUCAGUUGAAAACGGAAAAGGAAGAAGAUUUAAACUCGAUUUACAAAAUGAUCAAAACAGAAUUGAUUGAUUCAAAGGAAUAUCUCCCUAAAAAUAUUAUAAGAGAUAUUUUAAAUAUCAAUCGGUAUAAUAAUCGCUAUACAAAGUCAUAUUUAUUUCUUGCCAAACUCAUUUCUGAUGAAUAUCAUCUCAAAGAGAUCAAAAAUAUUCCAACUAUUUCUAACUUCUUGUUUUAUAAAGAAUAUGGAAUUAAAUUAAACAAAUCUGAUGAUUUUGAAAAAAUUAAAUCAGAUAAUCUCGAUAUUCAUAUAGAAAAUACAAUUUUCAAAGCAAUUAUGAAUAAUGACUUUGAAGAAUUCAUCAUAUUCACGGAAAGAGAUGAAUUUGAUGAAGGUCAAAAACUUAAAAGCAGUUUAUAUCCAUAUUCUAAAGAAGGAUAUUCACUACUUGAAUUAUGUUGUUACCAUGGUGCAGUUGAUUGUUUCAAGCUAUUAAGAACAAAAUUUUAUUCAGAAAUUACUCAAACAUGUUUUCAUUUUUCAUUUUUAGGAUGA